AUGCCUGGUCUUGUUCAAGAGAGCACCUUCAAGACCAUUACGGUCAAGGAAUUGCACCCAACCUUUGGAGCAGAGAUCGAGGGAGUGAACUUCCCUAAUCCAUCCGAGGAGCAAUUUAAAGAGGUCCUAGCCGCAAUGGCAAAGUACGGUGUUUGCGUGUUUCGCAAUACCGGGAUGGAUGAUACCGCACAUGUUGAAUUCUCUCGGCGACUGGGUGACCUGGAUGAUAUUAGGCCAUACAUGACCGGAGGGAGAAAGAUGAGGUAUCAGCACUAUGAGCUCUUUGAUGCGGGCAAUGUCGAUGAAAAUGGCAACGUUAUCGACCCCAGCUCGCCAAAAGCUCAAUACCAGAAGGGAAAUGGUCUCUUCCAUGUGGACUCCUCCUUCAACCCACGCCGAGCAUCCUUUUCCCUCCUCCGCGCCUACGAACUGCCCCCUCCAGGCCACGGCGGCAACACAGAUUUCGCCGACUCCCGCACCGCUUUUGACGAGCUACCUGAAGAGCUCAAGUCCGAACUCUUGGAAUAUGACUAUGCAGCUGCACAUUGCAUGGCGCAUUCGCGUAAAACUGCAGCUCCAGAAUUCUUCAAAGACCUCGACGUCGAAUCACAACCUAUGUACGCCCACAAGAUUGCCCAACUCCACGAACCCUCUAACCGCAUGAACCUAUACAUCGCUGCCCACGCGCACCAUGUCGAAGGUGUAGACAAGGAAAAGAGCGAUGCCUUGUUAAAGCAGUUACUAGACCAUGCGACGCAAGAGAAAUACAGGAUCAGUGUUCCGUGGGAGAAUCCAAGUGAUUUAGUUAUUUGGGAUAAUACCUGCGUUUUACAUAGAGCGGGUGGUGGAACCUUUGCGGGCAAGUUUAGGAGGGACUUGAGGAGGACGACGGUGCAUGAUGCGAGUUCGACAGCUUGGGGGUUAAAUGAGAAGGGAAAGGAUGCUAGACCAGGAUUCAAUUUGGGGAGCUCGAAUAUGAAGGGCUGA